AUGGCUCGCAAGUCAUCCUCGUCCCAGCCCAACGCUCACCCCGGCACCAAAUCACCCGCUGUGCCCACCGCUUCGACCCCCGUCGCUUCCAGGGAUGUCUUGCAGAGGCUCAACUACCUCUAUCAGGCUUCGACUCUGCUGGGUCGGAGCGGAAGCGGCAUGCAUCACCAGGAGGGCACAAGUCGGAGCAAGCGCAAGCACAAGAAAAAGGGGGAAGCUCGCAAGGGGAGUGAUACUACCGGCAUGGAUGUGGCGACAGCGAGGUUCCUCCCCACGCAGCCUUCAGCUGGAGUGGCUGCAGUGCAACACAUGCAACCACCUCUCUCGUCGACCUCGGAACCGAAUCCCAGCCAGCCGACGACGACCGCGACGAGCAAAGCACGUGACCCGUCCCAGGCCAAGCAUGCCUCCACGGGCACGGACCAUCACACGGUGCGCGAUCGCCAACGACGACGACGGUCGGCUAUAUCAGAGGAGACGACUCCCCAACAGUCUGGGAUGGCCUUGCAUGCGGUGUCGUGCUCAUUGGCAGGCUUGAUGAACCUCGUCGCGCAGAAAGCGACCGUCAAGAUGUGAGUUCCUGGUCCCUGCCUGCUCGAUUCCGCUCGUCUCACAUUGUGCCCGACGCAUGCUCCCCAGGGACCCCUCGCUGAAGAGGACAGUGUGCAAAACCUGUCGAUCGGUCCUCGUCGCCGGCAUGUCCAGUUCAGUCCGGGUCAAACGUGAGCCUUUUCGGUUCUUCAGACUCAGAGAGACGCUGUGUCUUCUGACGCCUUUCGUUUCCACUUCUCGUGUCCCUUCUCUACCUUCAGGUUCAGGUCCGCAUGGGCAUCGGAUCGUGCAUACGUGUUUGGCAUGUCGUACGACGCGCAAAUUACCCGCUCCUCCGAUCCGAGAAACGUCGCCGGUCCCCACCUCGGCUCACGCAAAUGCAGAUAUUUUGUCAACCACCUCAACUUCAGUCGCCUCAGUCGCCUCAGUCGCAUCACCUCCUUCGAUGGAAGCAAUCAUCGCGGAGAACUCCCCACUGCCACCGCCCCCGCCAACGAAGAAGAAGAACAAGAUCCUGACAGCCAAAGAAGAGCGUCGGCUGCGUGAGCCCGUCUUCUUUGAGCGCAAGGAUCACGUGACCAUUCCAGGCACGCGGGUCUAG